AUGGGUGGAAGUGUGCAACUUCCACCUCUGGCUUUUGGUAAAUGCUAGGGUGCCCCGGUAGGGUGCCAGGGUGGCACUGGUCCCUCGCUUUUUGGCCUUUUAGCUCGGCGGGAGUGCAGGCCUCCAGCUAUUCAUCCACCUUCUGGCUUGAUCGAUCUAAUGCCACUACACUUGACCAAUCAUCAGCUCUCUCAUGGCGAUCAUAACCGAAGAACCAGAUUCGCCCACCCUACCCCUUAAACCCCAUACCUCUUCUCCACCCCCCAAACCACGCACCCAGCUCCCCACACCACCACCACCCACCACCAAGAACGCCGCUAACCCAUUUCAGUUCUGGCUCUAUUUCACCGUUCUAGUGUCUCUAGUAACUUUCAUCUUCAUCUUGCUGUCUUCACUCUCCCCGCAAGAUCCCAGGGCAUGGUUCCUCCGCCUGCCUCCCAAUCUGCGCCGCCACUAUUCCACUGGCCGCACCAUCAAGGUCCAGAUUGCGCCCAAUCUCCCCCAAGUUGAAGUCUUUUUAAUCCAAGAAGGGCCCGUCAAGUCAUUAGAAAAUGUUCUCUUUGUACAUGGGAUUGGGUGUAGCACAUUCGCAUUUCAGAAAAUCCUUGCUCUGUUAGGUCAGAAAGGGGUUCAUGCCAUUGCUUUCGACCAGCCCGGUUUUGGAUUCUCUGAUAAGUCAAUGGUUGUGGAGGAGGUAGAGGGUGGAAGUGGAGGGGGCUUACAGGGCAUUCGGGAUGUGUAUAAUGAGAUCAUGGAAAAGGGCCUGUUUUGGGGGUUUGAUCAGCUGGUUGAGAAGGGCUAUGUUAAUUAUGAGGAAAGUGAACAUCCAAAAAGGAAGAGUGUUAAGGCCAUUGAGUUGGGACCUGAAGAGAUGGGAAAGGUGUUGGGACAAGUGAUUGAAGCACUGAGAUUGGCACCCGUGGACCUGGUGCUUCACGAUUCCGCAUUGGGUUUGAGUGCCAAUUGGGUAUUGGAGAAUUCAAGAUUGGUGAGGAGUGUCACCAUCCUUGACAGCGAACCAAAAGAAACAGCCUUGCCCUUGUGGGCUUUUGAAAUUCCAGUGAUCAGGGAGGUUGUUUUGCAUUCUGAAAUCUUGUUCAGGAGACUCCUUGAGAAGUGUUGUUCUCCAUCAGUGAGCAAGUCAGAUGUUGAGGCACAUAGGGCUCUUGCAAUGGGAAGAGAUGCAAGGAGAGCUAUUGUUGGAACGGGAAAGAGACUAAACUCUAGUUUCGAUUUGGCUGAAUGGAGUGCUUCUGCUGGGGUGAAGGAACUGCCUAUGCAUGUAGUUUGGUCUACAGGGUUUUCGAAUGAAUGGAUUGAGAAGGGGCGCCGUGUUGCUGCUUCACUUCCCCGCGCAAAAUUCGGAACUCAUUCUGGUGGAAGAUGGCCCCAGGAACACAGUGCUGAUGAGAUAGCUGAGAGCAUUCAUCAAUUUGUUUCUUCCUUACCCAAACCCAUUAGACAGUCUGAGGAAGAAACAGUGCCCGAGCAUGUUCAGAAGAUGAUCAACGAAGCACAAGACACUGGUCACGACGACAACCACCACCACAAUCAUGGGCACGAGCACUAUAAUGCCCAUCAUGGUCAUGCCCAUGCUGGAUAUAUGGAUGCAUAUGGGCUUGGGCAUGGAUGGGCCAUGUGAUUGGGCGGGCUUUAUUGCUCAGAAACUGGACUCUGUUUCUCAUCGAAGCCCGACUUCUUUUUCCCACUUUUUUUUUGAAAAGAACCUUGCAUUAAUUCACAUUGUCGACACGUAAUGCAUCCCAGGUACAAGUUGGAGGGACAGGCAUCCACUCCAGAAAAUCAGAUAGAAUCAGACUACCCUGACCAUCGAAUGAGCAACUGGGUUCCCUCUUUUAAAUGAUACUUGUUGUGCAAGAACUGUUAUUGUAGCUUGGAAGUGAUGAUCAUGCAAGUGCUGUGUUGCUUGGAGCACCAUUCUGUGUCCACUCUCACAAGGUAGUUUAUCGUUUUUGUGAGGCUCCUAACAAUUACUAUUUUCUCUUUUCCUCUCUGUAAUCACCGUCUGCCGCUUCUUCAUGACUGCUUUGAUUUGAAUCCCCCUUUGCAUCAUUUCACCAUCUAAUUUUACUUGAGUAUAUUAAAGGGUUUAUUUUUGU